AUGACAGCCAUUGAGAUAUCACAUUUACCUCCCAAAGCAAACAAAAUUUUGUCAAUUCAGUCACAUGUUGUUCAUGGUUAUGUGGGAAACAAGGCAGCUACGUUCCCAUUACAGACUUUGAACUGGGAUGUUGAUGUAUUAAACUCUGUUAAUUUUUCAAACCAUACGGGCUAUGGUGCUGUUGAAGGUGAAUGUUUUUCGGGCAAAGACAUUCAGGAUGUUUUUUCGGGUCUCAGGUCGAUAAACAUGAAUUAUGAUGCUAUGCUAACGGGCUAUAUACAUGGCGCAAAUACAUUGGAUAUUGUUGGGAGAGAAUGCAUGGAGAUUAAGAGGAGGAAUGAACAGGCUUUAUGGCUCUUGGAUCCAGUUAUGGGAGAUGAAGGUCAGCUUUACGUAAAUAAGAAUGUCAUCCCCAUAUACAGAAAGAUCCUAAGGUCAGGCUUGGUAGAUAUAAUCACACCUAAUCAAUUUGAGCUGGAAGUAUUAUUAGGACACAAGAUUCACGAUUUGCAAUCUUUAAGACAAGCGGUGAAGCAUCUUCACGAUGUUUUCGACAUCAAGUAUGUUGUGAUAUCAUCCCUUAGUUUAAGUGGAGAGCAGUUAGGCCUUAAAGGAAACAGGAGCAAUAAACUAUAUUGUUGCGUUUCGGCGUGUCACCUACAGAAACUUGUAUUUUUUGAGAUUGAUAAGUAUGACUCAUAUUUCACUGGAGUUGGUGACCUCUUUUCAGCCUUGCUUCUAGAUCGUGUUUUCAGGAGUCAUGACAUCUUACAAUCUACAAAUGAAGUUCUCACUAUUAUGUCUAAAGUUUUAUAUGUGACACGAGAGCUUUGUAUAAAACAUCUAGGAAAAGACGUGAAGGCCAAAAUCGGUGACUUUAAUAGCAUGAAAGAGUGUGAACUUCGUAUCGUUGAAUGCAUAGCUUUAUAUGGGCAGCGGGACUGCGAUUAUGAACCAUUUGAACUAUGA